CGCCUGCCGCUCCGCAGUAAUACGAUUGCUCUCGUCGAGUGUACGACCGUUCGCGGACGGUGUCGCUUCGUUGCCUUUGUGACACGCAACGCGCGUUCUCCCGCGUACGUGUUUUUCUCUCUGUUUAUCUCUCUCUCUCUUUCUCUCUCUCUCUCCUUUUCUCGACGUUUUACCUUCGCCUCUUUAUCAGUUACGCGUUUGGUGACCGCGCGUAGUGUGUUUUUCAAAAGUGUGUGGAUCGUAUCUCGCGCUGCAGUUCGGUGGUCGAUCGAGCCCGGUCCUUCUCUCUCUCCCUCGUACUAUCCUCGUUAGAACCGGAGCAGAGUAUCGAGGGAGUCGCAAGGAUUUCGAAGUCGAGCGUAAACGAGUAAUAAGUCGUCGCGGACUAUGCGGAAACGCGGCCAGCUAGUGGAGCAGCGUGGUCGAGCGGACUUGGCGUUUGGAUCGCCUAGCGGCGACUGAGUCCGCCUGUAACCGGGAUGAUAAGAGUUUCCCGCGGGAGGAUCGCCGGCGUGCGUCGUUCGCCAGAAGAAAGCGGUGUGGAGAGGAAGAAGUGGAAGGCCGGCAUGAUGGGCGGGAGACGAGGUGUGCUGGUCCGCGACGUAGGUGCGCACCGCGACGCCGACGACGUGACGGCCACGUGCCCCCGCGGAUGCCUCGCUACCUGCUAACUUGGAUCACGUACACACGUAGCUAGUCGAGUGAAACGGUGACCACGGUCCGAGGUUUUAGGUAAAGGAAUAAACAAGAGUGUGCACCAACACGGUUGGAGCAGCGAAGAGUGUCGGUGAUCGUCAAGUGUACUUCGUAACUUCGUUGGUGUUUAGGAAAUUUUGUCCACAGGGUUGUGAAAUUAUACCUUGAUAAGUGAUGAUAUAGAUGUAAACAGGUGGCAAGCGUCGUCCUGUGUAUGGAAUUAAAAGUCGGUUAGAACGUUAACCGCCUCAGUAGUAGUAAGAUUUUUCGAUAAUGUUGGUACGGUGUCCCGCGCUAGACCGUUGCGGGCGUAUCGUGGAACUUCUUGGAUAUUGCACGAGUACGCGUGUGCGUCCGUUCCGUCCGAAGCGCGUGUGCCGAGGACACGUGGUUGCUCGCGUUUACGCUGGGAAAGUAUAUCGUGAAGUGUAGUGAUCCCCUUGCCCACGGAGAAACCCGCGCGCAGUGAUUACUCACCGUGAUCGAUGAGCUACUAAAUGAGAUACGACUUUUAUCGAAGAGACGCGAGUCAACCGCUGCGAUUUCGGAUUGAUCGUUCGCUCUAAGGGAUCGACAGUAAUCGUCGACGUUUAACGGAACAUAAAAAUAUAUUGUAUAUAGAUAGUGAGAAGACAGUGCAAUAUAUGGAAUAAGACAACGACUGAGAAUAGAAGCGUCGACGGAUCGGAGUAUCGAGGAAGAGGGGAAAGCUCGACGAAAGUUCGGAUCGAGAGAUUCCCGCGCUCGUACCCCCAGUCACCAGGCCGGCGGUAGUUCGAGGAGAGGGUGAAGAGCGUCGUGGAGGGGGGAGUGAUGCCGGUGAGGGUGGCACAGCGCCCCCCAGGUGGAAUACCACUGCACGCCGGCGUGCCGGUAGCGCCCAGCAGCGUAACCGCCCCCGGUCCGUCGGGCCGGUGCCUCGGGGGCCCGGCAGCGCCCCCCGCCGGCUCGCCGCCGCUGCCGCCCUCGCUACAAUCGCUGGGCGGCGGUGUGAGCAACACGAACAACACCGCUGGCGCCGGGAGCAACGGCAAUACGAACGGUAACACCGGGAAUCAAGGUCUCAACACUAGCAACUUAGUCGGCGUGAGCACUAACAACCAGGGUCUAGGCAUCAGCACAACGAGCGGCGCCACGAAUCCGUUGCAAGCGAUGGCGUCGGCAGCGGCCUCGCUCACGCAACUCAACAACAUGGCGAACGGACCGCUGCCGCCGCUUGCGGCCACUGGACCCACGGGGCCGCCUAGCUUACCGCCGCCUCAGCCGGCGACCACACCAACUCACGGUGGUCCGCCGACGCCGCAUGCCGGCGUCACCGGCGGACCUCACUUGAACGGAGCGUCUCCCAGUCCGCACCCGAUGCCGCCCCACGGAAUGAUGAGCGGUUCACCUCAUGCGCCCCACCCGCACAUGGGUGGCGGCGGACCCUCGCCUCACCCUCACCAUCCUGGCCCGCACAUGGUCGGUUCGCCACACCACCCUGGACCCCAUCCGAUGGGCCCGGGCGCGGGCAUGAUGGGCCCGGCCGGCAUGCAACCCCAAGGCGCACCUGGGAUGUGCGGCCCUGGACCUACAGGGCCGAUGGGUCCUCACGGUCAUCCUCAAGGACCUGGAGUACCUGGACAACCGCACAUGCACAAUGACCCUUUCUAUUGUUCUCCGUUCGGAUCGCACUACUUCAGAUCGUUGCCUGUCCCCAGGAGGCAUACUCCGUACUUUGGCCAGCCGGACUACAGGCUCUACGAGUUGAACAAGAGGUUACAACAGCGUACCGAGGAAAGCGACAACCUCUGGUGGGACGCUUUCGCGACUGAGUUCUUCGAGGACGAUGCUACCUUAACCCUCACGUUCUGCUUGGAGGAUGGUCCCAAGAGAUACACGAUAGGUAGGACGUUAAUACCUAGGUACUUCCGUUCGAUAUUCGAGGGCGGAGUGACGGAACUUUACUACAAUUUGAAGCACCCGAAGGAGUCAUUUCAAAAUACCAGCAUAACACUUGACUGUGAUAAUUGCGUUAUGGUCACGCAUCACGGCAAACCGAUGUUCACGAAGGUGUGCACGGAAGGUAGAUUAAUAUUGGAUUUCACGUUCGACGAUCUUAUGAGGAUAAAGUCGUGGCACAUGUCGGUGAGGUCGCACAAGGAACUCGUGCCUAGGAACGUGGUCGGUAUGCAACAGGAUCCGACGAUGCUCGAGCAGCUUAGCAAGAACAUCACCAGGCAGGGUAUCACCAAUUCCACCCUCAAUUACCUUAGGUUAUGCGUGAUUUUGGAACCGAUGCAGGAGCUGAUGUCGAGGCACAAAGCGUAUGCGUUGUCACCGCGGGACUGUUUGAAGACUACCCUGUUCCAGAAAUGGCAGAGGAUGGUUGCCCCGCCGGGUAAGAGAGAGUCCCAGCGACCAGCCAGCAAACGAAGAAAGCGGAAGGGAAGCACGUCGGGGCCGGGAAACAACGCGCCGCCCGCACCUAGCAAAAAGAGAUCGCCGGGACCUAAUUUUUCUCUGGCAUCGCAAGACGUGAUGGUCGUUGGUGAACCGUCGUUAAUGGGUGGUGACUUUGGUGAAGAGGAUGAACGGUUAAUUACGAGGCUGGAAAACACGCAGUACGACGCCACGAAUAGUCUAGAUCCUCACAGUCACGAUACACCCGGUGGACCACCUCCGCAUCCUCACCAAUUCCAUUCGGAACCGACACCCGGCAACUCUUGGCCUCCGGACCGCGGUCCUGGACCGCCACAGGGAGGACCCGGGAGUCAGGGAGUUCAAGGUGGACAGGGUGGCGGCGGAGCGGGCGUACAGGGGAGUCAGGACGCCAGUCAGCAGCAACAAGACAAGAAGAGCCCCGCGCGGGGCGAGAACCCUAGCCUCCCCGGCGCGUACCUGGCCUCGUCCGGAUGUUCGCCCGGCAGGCUGUCGCACAUGCAUCCGUUGACCUGUCACCAACCCGGCCUCCAGUCGUCCGGGCAUCAUCACGCGGAUCAGCAGGUGCAGCUGGGUCACGCGGCAGCCGCUGCAGCGGCCGCGGUCUCGAUGGGGAUGGAAUCCUCGGAUCUGGUCGCGGUCGCCCAUUACCAGGCGCAACAGCUACAACGACAAUUAUUGGCCGAGCAGUCCGGUCCGGGCACGAUGCUGCCGCCGGCUGCUCAGUCUACUGGUGGAGGCUUGACGCAGCCGCUACAGCAGCAACCCCAACAAGCUCACUCCUCCCAGGGCCAGGACCCGUUGCAGAGCCUGAUGCAGCAGCUGAUCUGUUUGCAACAGAUCGAGUACUUUCUCGCACAGCGUGGUCACAAGUGAUGGUAACGAUCAAUGGGAUCAUCGUCGUUCGUGCUAUCAGUGGAUCUCUCGCUUUGUUGGAAGCAGAGACUCGAGGCGAGAGAGAAACUUCCUCGCGACGAUCCGCGUUUUACCUCUUCGUGCUGUGUGUGACCCAUGUUUCGAGAUACGAGAGCUGUUUGCGAGGCUGAUGAGGAUUGACGCGCGUUUUCGUUCGAGGUUUCCAGACACACAGGUACACACAUAAAUAUAAAUAUAAUUCUAUACGUGGACGUGGCAAUGUCCCGCCGGUUUGUUCCUCGAACGGAGAACGGGGAGGCGCGCGGUGUCUCCGAGUUUCUCGAUUACACAGGAGACGGCCGAUGUAUCGUAGCGUGAUCGCGUGGGAACGGUUCCGAGACACCGUGGCGAGUAAAUAUCGUGCGACGGCCUUCGGGUGUAAUUCGUGACCGGGAGGCCGGACAUCUAGCGUGUGAUAAAGAAAAUUAUGUCAAAAGAUGAAAAACAAAGUAUAUUAAGGAAAAAUAAAUGAACGACUGUCGGUGAUAAAUAUCUACGAUGGAGGAAUCUGAAGAAGAAUGCUGACAAUUGAAACGGUUAAUAAAGUUGCACGAAGUGAAAGAGAAGUAAGGAGAGCAAGGAAGAUAAAAACGGUACGCGCCACGCACGGCAGAGACGAUCGUUCGCUUUGGUGCGAGCUGUGAAUGAAUCUCUAUCCGUCAACAGUAUUGAUAUAAUUAAUAGAAUAAAUGAAUAUAAAAAUAUUGUAAGAGGUAAAAAAAAUAUCGUAAGUACGUAUUGUGCAAGCGUAUGCGAGACAGGAGAGAGAAAGAUAUAGAGCGUGGUGUGAUAUAUCGAACCGGAGGUCGAGAGGGUGUGGGUGUGUUUUAAGAGACCGGAGACAUCUCUUUUUAGAUUCGAUGAUUAUAAUUUUUCGUUUUUAAGCGUGGAGCCCGAUCGAACGCCAACGCACAGGCCCUGGUACGCCCUGUGUAACACAAUUUUUCAAAGUUUUAUUGUUGCUAUUAUGACGUCGUCAAGGGAAACAACUGCGAAUGGAUGAGCGAAAGUAUUUUGUGCUCGCCGAAUAAUAAACGAGACCGAGACAAAUGGGAAUAUAGUGUAAUCUGUAUUUCAAGCGAAAGUUAUAACAAAUUGAAUUUAUUAUUUCGUGACUGUUGUCUCGCGACACAGCAUAGCGCGUACCCACGUCCAAAUUACCUUGAUUUCUUUAAAGAUAAUAUAAAAAAUCGUUUCGAAAAGCGAGACAAUCGUUACAGAUAUCGCGCGCGACGAUUCAAUCAAUUUAUUCACGAAAUCGGGGACGUAAGGUUUUUUAGCAAAAUGGGUGGGGGGAGGCGGGAUAAACAGAAAAAAAGAAGCGAAGUAUACACGCAACUUAAGUGCGUACACCAUGAAUCAUUCUAGUGUAAAGUUCCUUGCGCGUUACGUUUGUACACGAUGUAUAUGUUCCUCAUUGUAUGCUUAUACACGUUUGUUCCUAUUUCUUUUGUAUUAAUCUUCGGUGAUUCGUUGUGUUCUCUUCUUUCGCUGUUCUUAAGCUCGGGGCAUUAUGUCGUUCCUUUCUGUUUUAAUUCUCCUCACUUUCUUGAAUAAUAAAUGAAUGGUUGGUCGCGAUCUUCAAAAGCCAACAUCCUAUCGUCUGUUUCCUCUCUUUCUUUCCAAAUUGACGUCGUCGCUUUCCUCUGCUAAAUAAAAAUUCUGGUGCAAGAUAAAUUUGUUCCUGAUACAUCACAUUAGCUGUUCUUAGUCCUAAGAAAACGAUUGUAUCGUAGAAUCGAAUUAUCAGGCAUUGAUUGUCACCGCGUGGACGACGUUGGUACGAGCGUGCGAUCGUAAUUUACAAUUUCAAAUACUUUUGCGUUCUUCAUUGUUCAAAAUCGCUGCGAGUCUAUCUCGUUCGUUGAUCGUUCCUCGUUCGAUAAAAUUUGAGUCAUGAGAAUUAUUCGAACGACGAACGUGAAGCGCGUUCACAGUAUCGAUUCAUCGUUCCAUUUCCAAUUUUUUUUUUUUGAAGGAAAUGAAACGAAUCGACCUUUUGACGGAUUCACAAGCGAGACUAGCGUAAAUUUUCAGCCGAUUUCAAAAUAUCGAAACGCAUCACAAUGCUUAUUUCUAAGGACACUCCCAUUUAACUUUUGUAAAAUAAUUUCGUAAUCUGGUGACAAUUUACGCUGGAACGGUUCCAUCGAUUGUACUCUGAUAGUAAUGCGCUACAUGGAUGGUGACAUAGGGAAAGGGCACGAACGUCGGCGUUUCAUCACGUCCAUGAACUCUGCGCUUAUUUCGGGUGGUUCCACUCUGAGAUGCACGCCGAGAAAGGAAGCAAAUGCGGCGAGGAAAAGAAAUAGCGAACGAUAGAAACUUUUUCCGAAAUAUGUACAAAGAUCAUCGUAUACAUGCGUCAUACACAACAUACAUACAUGUACACAUGCCGGAGAACGAGCGAUCGGUUCUCUCUCUCCGUUCCCGUUUUCGUUUUUUAUUUGUCAAAGGAAGGGGAGGUCUGACGAAACGACUGACGUUCACAACUCUGAUCGCUCUUGUUGUUUCACGAAAUCGACAAGAACGAAGAAGAAGCAGUCGUUGGGAAGGAAACGAGUGGACCGAUCGAAUUUAAACAACACACGUACACACGUUCAGAGAUCACAGGACACACUUACGACUACAAAUCAUUGAAUUUAGAUAGUUAAGCUACGCGUGAAGCCAGUACAGUCCCACGGCGUGAGAGUGUGCGAACAACAUAAAAAAUCAAUUGUGGAUAGGAGAAGAUGGAGAAACGAGAGAGAAAAACGACGAGGAUGUGUUUCUUAAGCGGAGAGUCACGGUAUGCCUGACACAGCUGCGAUUGUUUUCUCUCGAUUCGAAGGGGGAAAGAAUGGCCAGAUAAACGAGUACAUGCGCGAGAAUGAUCAUAUGCGAAUGUGAGUGCGAGAUAGACAUUGAUAAAAGCGUAUGAGAGAGAGAGAGAGAGAGAGAGAAAGCAGGAUUGAAAAGAGUGCGAACGACUAUUUCGACACGAGCAUGCGGUGGGUUUUAGGAUAAAUGAUCUAUUGACAAAUGUUGUAUAUUAUUACGAAUUAUAAUGACACUAUUAUAUAAUUAAUUAAUUAACUAAUUAAUUAAUUAUUAUACCCUAAUAACGUGAAUUGAAUUUAAAAGAGAAGUGGAUGAACGACAGAAAAAAAGCGAGAGGAAUGAAAGAAUGCACGAGAACGCGAAGGAAAAAGUAAUAGGAAGAAUCUAUGAAAAUGAAACAAAUUUUAAUUGUUAGCGAAGCACCACACGGGGCCAGAGGAUAACACAGCCCGCGGUUGCGGGAAGUAUCUGAUACGAGAUACGGGUCAGAUCGGAGUUAGCCCUCGCCUGUGUCACGAAACGAACGAGAAAGAUACGUUAAAGAAAUCGUAUUAAAAAAAAAGUCGAAACGAGGAAGUGUUUCUGGCGCUAGCGAGACCGGAAGGACCGAAAACGCUUUUGUCAACGAGAAGUGCAUCGACCAAUUUUCCAACGAAAAGAAAAUAAAAAAAAAAGGAAUCCUUUCUCUUCUGUCGAGUUUCUCUCGCUUUCGUACCGCGAUCACUUACAAAACGUGAAAACCUGUACAUUCUUCGACUUUGUAAAUUUUUUCUGCUAGUAAACGAAUUCGGAUUUUA